AUGGCAGGAGUACCUUUGGGGCGAUCUCUUGGCGACGGAGAACUGGACGUUGAAGGUAUUUGCGAGAGGUCGGGCAUGACAUGCCUGAACUGCACUGUCGCAGUCACAUGCGUCGCUCUGCCCUACGGCUUUCUGAAGGUGCCCCUUGAAGUAUGUUCAAACGGAGAGACCUGCAACGCGCACCUAGGUGGUUGCUCCAAAAAAUCGGUGCCUGAAUGCGAUGUGGCCUCACAGAAGCAUCAACAUUCCUGUGAACAGGUUGGAAUUUUCCCGGAUGCGUUUGACUGCAGGAAGUUCCACCUGUGUUCACCAGCGGAAGGUCUGCCGGAUGGAAGGCCCGCAGACCAUAGAGCAGCCUUAUGUCCCAGACAUUACGGUUAUAAUCCAAUGAACGCGCAGUGUUCGGUGAGGCUUUCCAAUGGACAAUGCAGCGAAAAACCUGUACCGGAUUGCACCGAAGUCGGACAAACUGGUCCCCUUACCACUAGCCCCAAUCAUUACUUCGUAUGCCUGCUGAAGCGGGGAAUUCUCCACCCCCAAGUCUUCAUCUGUCCCCACGGAUGGUACUUCUGGAAUGGUUUCUGCAGACCGGAGCUACCUAUAGAGAAAGCCACCGAGAAGACGCCCGAUAAGACACCCGUGAGCAAUUCAGGAUCCAGAAGCGGUAGAAGAGGAGAAAAAGAACCGACGCCAGUCAAGACUACAACCACAAGGACUGAAGGUUUCUUCUCCACGGAGAAACCAGCUACGUACGCGGCAGAUACCUUCCUAGCGGACAAAUUCGAUCUUACCAACUAUGAAUCGGUAGACGAUGUGGCGCCGCAAAACGAUGAGUACUCUUUCUCCUUUGAGACCGGCAUUGAUUGG